UGAGGCGAGGAAACGAGCCUGCGCUAUCAACAGUGCUGCCCCGAGGGCUCUUCCCACUGAAGUCCCGAGAGCCAGAAAACGAAUUUGGGAAUACCGCAGCAAAAUGAAGAACACUAUUGAUGCGAAAAGAGCUCCGCGAGGUUUCCGUUUGAAUCGUUAAUGUCCCUCUAAACCGGUUGACGGAUUCUACCCUCAUUCCCUGAUCGUCGGGACACGGAUGAAAAUAACAUCAGACACCGCAAGUAGAUUACAAUCCGUAGAGAAAAGACUAUCUGUCUCGCUAUUAAAAUGAUCGGGGAGUGUUAUAAACACAAGAGGGAGCAACAUGCAGGGGCGACAGCAGAGUUUCACCUCUGUUUUAACAACGAUGUAUAGAUUUAAAUAGGAUUUUGGAUUACUGAUACAAGACUCGCCAGCACGCGCUUCAGUUCGGAUCCACACUGUAAAACUCAUCCCGGUUCUGCAAAGAAACUCAACCCGAAAAGUGUUGAAGAGCUCCAUGCAUUCGAAAAGGGAGAGGAGAGGAGCGCUGUCCCGUGCUGGAUGGAUGGUUAUGGGGAAAGGAGCAGGACUAUCGGCGCUAGAAGUCUGCGAGAUCCUUGUGUUGUUUCUCUGUCUGUUUCCAACAGCAACUCUGCAGUGUAAGAUCCUCAAGUGUAACUCCGAGUUCUGGGCCUCCACCUCAAGCUCUGGCCCAGAAGAGGAGUUUUGCAUCGCUCUGCGAGCUUACAACAACUGUGUCCGUCGAACUGCCCGUACAUGCCGAGGCGACCUAGCCUACCAUUCAGCUCAACAUGGCAUAGAGGAUCUAAUGAGCCAACACAACUGCUCCAAAGAAGGACCUACUAGCCAACCUCGUGCCCGCACUCCCCCUCCCCCAGUCCAGCCACCUCCACAAAUAGACAUCCAUGUUCCCUCAGAUGGGCCAGAGGUGUGCCACUACGAGCGGAGCCUACCACGUAACGCCGCACCGCCGAAUUACACCCAUUGUGGCUUUUUUGGAGACCCACAUCUCCGCACGUUCAACGAUGACUUUCAGACCUGUAAAGUUGAGGGAGCAUGGCCACUGAUUCACAACAAGUACCUGUCUGUCCAGGUUACAAACACACCGGUUGUCCCUGGGUCUUCUGCUACAGCGACUAGCAAGCUAACAAUCAUUUUCAAGAACUUUCAAGAGUGUGUAGACCAGAAGAUGUACCAUGCGGAGACCGAUGAACUACCAGCUGCUUUUGCUGACGGUUCAAAGAAUGGAGGUGACCGCCACGGGGCCAACACCCUACGUGUGGUGGAGAAGGUGCCUGGUCAACAUGUGGAGAUUCAGGCACGAUACAUCGGCACCACUAUUGUAGUUCGGCAAGUUGGUCGCUACCUCACCUUUGCCGUGCGUAUGCCCGAGGAGGUGGUUAAUUCAGUGGAGGACCAGGACAAUCAGGACCUUUACCUCUGUUUGCAUGGUUGCCCUUCCAACCAGCGAAUUGACUUUAGGAGCUAUAGAGAACGGGCUGUAGAGAGCCACGGCUUGGGCAAGGGUCGACCUGGAAGUCCUCCUCAUGGCUUCACCUACCAGUCAGCCAUGACCAAGUGCAAAGAGCGUCUACCUGUCGAGGAUUUAUACUUCCAGUCAUGUGUUUUUGAUCUGCUGUCUUCUGGAGACAUCAACUUUACCAUGGCUGCCUACUACGCUUUUGAGGAUGUUAAAAUGCUCCACUCCAAUAAAGACAAGUACCACAUCUUUGAAAAGGAUACGAUAUUCAACUCUGCCUCCAAACAAUUACGUUUUAGUUUCUUUGUCCUCUUCAGCCUUGUUACUGCAUGGUUGUAUAGUGACUUGUGUUCCAUUUGUCUUUAGUCACUCAUUGUUGAAGAUAAUUGUAAGAAGCUGUAUGCAUGUGAUAUGCUGCUCUCACCAUGUUGCAUUCCAUCAACCAGAGGCUGGGCUUCUCAGCCAGAACCUGAGCUUCUGCCGAGAGCUUUCACUCUGGUGUGUCUUGUGUCACGCUCAUCUCUCGCCAUCAUCAUGUAUGUCCAUUCAUCAGACCCCAGAGUAGGAGCGUUCCUGCAGAUCCACUGGUCUCUAUGGUCAUCUUGCUGAUCCUAUAACUGAUCGGUGAUGGGGAAUGCAGUGCUGAGAGGUCCUGAGACUCGGCUCAGAUUAAACCCUGCUGGUUCCCACCAGGGUGACAUGCCACUGACAGGAGUAAGAGGGCGAUGAUCCUUUGCAGAAAAAAAAGUUUGGAGAUAUUUUUCAGUUCACUUGAUGCCAAGUGAGAGGUGAAGUAUGUGUCCCGGAGAAAGACUGGAGGACAUGACAGGAGCUUUUAUUACUGUCUCCUAAGGAUUGAGGGCCGCCAGGAGUCCACUCUUUGAAGAAGCUCCAGCUUUGGAAAAGUGUUGGCUUUUUAGAGAAAGCCCCCUGGCCAAGGCCAUGUCAGACUAUUUAGUCAUGUUGUCUACAGUGGAGAUUAAUAGGCCAUAACAUCAGGCCUUUUGUAUAGUUUGUCUGUGUGUGUGUGAGUGAGUAAAUGAGAAUGGUGGUGUGUGAGUGAGCAAAUCAUGUGUAAUUGUGAGUGUGUGAUUAUAUGAAUGCUUGUUUGUGUCUGUAUGAAGUGUUUCAUAAUAGCUGUAUAUUGCACCCAGGGUCCUACUGUAGCUCUGGUGUGGUGGUUCAUUGGUCAGUUAGAUAUUUUACUGCCUGCCAAGAGCUCUUCUCUACACUUUAUAAAACACACGUGUUUGUCAUGUCAAUCAAAGUGUCAGACUUAAAUAUACAACCACACUGCUUAGUUGUUAGAAGAUUGUAUUUUCAAAUUGGAUGUUUGAAUUGAGUCCAAACUCAUUUUCAAGCACACAGAGAACAAUCUUUGUUUACAGAGUACAAGUAAAAAUGCCUGUUUCAUUAAAAACAAAUAAUCCAAGCCAUACAGUGGUAUGGUCGAUGACCUAGUCGAAAAAAAAAAGAAAUUGAAAAAAUGAUGUUGUCAGUAUGCUGUAAGUAACCUAACCUUACAAUCAAGGAGAGUCAAGUUUCACAUACAGCUUGAGAUGAGACCCACAAGCCCUAUAGGCAGAUCCAUCAGUCAUCUUAAAGAGUAACGCCUAGCUUUCCAUUUCAAAAUGGUGUAGAUGUGGCUGUGCUGUAGGCCUCUUUAACACGCAACUCUGUAGAUCUGUGAAUUUAUGGCAAAGGCUUUUUGCCAAAGAACAAGUUCUCGUGCCAACAUUUCCCAAACAGCUGAAUUUUCUCUUUCUUGCUUUCUCAUGGGGCCUUUGUGGUUUACUUAAGUAUUUGGGCUCAAACCAGAUGUCCUGAUUGUGUAUAAUAUUGGAAGGUGCUGCUAACUACAUUGUGGUGCAGGGAGCUAUUGAGGACAUCUGCCAUGCAUUUCUUGUGACAGUUUGAAAUGGAGGGCAUUCUCUCUUAAGCCAUUAGCUGGCACAGGAGCAUUGGCACUCAGUAUUGUCUAUAGCAGUGGCAGUAUUGUGACAAAACAUACAAUGUGUACGUCACUAUUUUAGGGGUGGGACGUACCAAUAAUGGCUUGUUUGUUAGAUCAUAAGUCUAGAUCAAUUCUCUAGUUAAUAAUGUACUCUUUUCUCUUCAGGAUUAGGUUAAAGCGCAUGCCCAAACUUAAGGGCCAUGUCUAGAACGUUUUUGGCCCAACGCACAUCUUAAUGAGAUCAUCACGGCCCUUUUCUUCAUGCAAACAUUUGUCAUGCUUAUCUCUUAACAGUGUUUGUUUUCUCUUAGUGAGAGGUUUUAACUAUGAAAUUAUGGUUUAGAUGCAAUUAUACAUAUAGAAUUCUUUGAGGGAGAGAGAAAUGCUUCAUGGUAAUUUAUUCUUACACUGUAAAGUUUUGCAAGCCGUACUACUGCUAAGAAAUAUUGUGUUGGUGUAGUUCAUGGCUUCAGAUAAAUUUGAAAGUAUACAAAAUGAUUGUAAUGAUGUGUGCUUAAGCGUGUUUGUGUUGCCAGUGCUUUUUGGAUUUAAAUGUGUAAUGUGACGUAUAAAAGUAUGUUUUUUUAUAAGAGGGUAUGGUGAAUUUUACCUUUAAAUUUAAAAGGAUAUUGUGUUCACAAACACCACAAUAACAAUAGGAUCAUAUUUGGUACGAGAAUAAAAAGGAGUUGUAACGUCCUUAAGUAAAUAAUAUGUAGGAAAUGUGUGACUUGUGGUGUAUAUGUGUUGUUUAUAACAAAAGCACUUUAUGUUUCGAAACUUUAACUUAGCUCUUACUUGGUUGGCUUACUUGAUGGGCAGAAAGUUUAUCAGAUUUGAAACUAAGGAAAAGUAACGUAAUUGAUAACAUAUUCAAAUGUAUUAACGUUGAAUGGGAGAUGCCAGAAAGCUGUUUUUGUAUGUAGGAGUAAAGCGGUGCCACACACCACCUGUAUAUACUGUAAAUUAUUUAUUUGAAGACAAAAUAAAGUGUCAUGUUAAAUUGUA